UUUGAGAGAGAGAGAGAGAGAUGGUCAACUGGGUCUUUUUCUCUAAUUUGGUAGUUAUGUAUUUUGUAAGGUAUUGAAAAGUCCACAAUGGGUCUGUUCAUAUGUCAUGUAUAUCUGUGAUAUACAGUGGUUUGGAUUUCACUUUCUCUUUUAUGGGUUUCUUUUUCAUUAUCCCCUUUUCUCUGCCAUGAUUCGAUCUAAAGAGUCAAAGGGUAUCCCUGAUUUUAAAAUUACUUCUUUUUCUUAUGUUUUAAGAGAGGAACUAGAGAGAGAGAGAGAGAGAGAGAGAUAAGGCUUUGGUUGUGUUGUACCAACCCUGUUUGGUUCUUCUUAAAUUUUGUGGGUUUUGGUUGGUGAGUUGAGAGGUCAUCAUUUCUUACCUUUACCCAGUAGCGCAUGGUUAAAUGCUCAAUCUGAAAAGUCCUGGUAAUGUCAAAGAGGAGAUUAGAAAGAAAAUCUUGAGAUAUCAAAAAUUUGAAAGUGAUAUAGUGAUCAACCUAGGGAAAGGAAGAAAGGUUUAGAGAGAGAAAGAGAAAGAAAAUAAAGAAAGAAGGAAAGAAAGGGUUUUCCCCUAGUUUGAUGAGUUUUGGGGGUUUCAUUGGCAACCGUGGUGGUGGCAGUGGUGGCGAUAGUCCCUACAACACCAUGUCCACCGCUACAAUAGGGCAGCCACCACCGGUCAAUCCACCCAUUGCCCAGCCUUUUUUCAACUCUCCGGCUGCCUCCGUUGCCUGUAAAUCCAGGAUGGAGGGUUUAGAUGAGAUGGCUUUGAUGGGGGGAAAUUUUGACCCUAGUCUAAUGGGAAGGAUCAAAGAAGAUGGGAAUGAAAGUAGGUCCGGGAGUGAUAAUUUCGAAGGCGGAUCAGGCGACGAUCAGGAUGCCACAGGCGAUAAACCGCAGAAGAAGAAGAAAUACCAUCGACACACUCCCCAUCAAAUUCAAGAGCUUGAAAAUUACUUCAACAAUGUCAGAAGACAUCCUGAUGAUAAAGAAAGGUUGGAACUUGGUAAGAAGCUAUCGUUGGAUAGCAAACAAGUCAAGUUUUGGUUUCAAAAUCGACGAACCCAAUUGAAGACCCAAGUUGAACGUUUUGAGAGCAGCAUUCUCAAACGACAACAUGAAGAACUCAUGAUGGAGAAUAUUAGCAUGAAGGAGGGCAUGAGGAACCCAAUUUGUGGUAAUUGUGGUGGCCCAGCAAUUUUAGGUGACGUAUCUAUUGAGGAACAUAAUCUCAAGGUUGAGAAUGCUCGAUUAAAGGAUGAACUAAAUCGGAUCUCCAUCCUAGCAAACAAAUUCUUGGGGAGGCCAAUAUCGUCAUUGGCUGGUUCCAUCCCUCCAUUGUCAAGCUCUUGCUUGGAGCUUGCGGUGGGAAGAAAUGGUUUUGGUGGUUCAGUAGACACAACAUUUCCCAUUGGACUUGAUUCUAAAGACUGGGUUUUGAAUGCUUUGACCAUGGCCCCAACACUGACAACAAUUGGCAUGUCGGGCAUUGAUAUACCUUAUGAGAAAGCUAUCUUUCUAGAGCUUGCAUUGCGUGCAAUGGAUGAGUUGGUUAAGUUGGCUCAGAUUGAUAAUCCUCUUUGGGUCCGAAGUUUAGAUGGAGGAAGGGAAGUAUUAAACCACGAGGAGUACAUGAGGAUUUGCCCACCAUGUAUUGGAGUGAAACCUAGUGGUUUUGUAACUGAGGCUACAAGGGCAACUGGCAUGACGAUCAUCAAUAGCUUGGCUCUUGUGGAGACAUUGAUGGAUGCUAAUCGAUGGACAGAAAUGUUCCCUAGCAUGAUUGGUAGAACAUCUAUCAUUGAUGUGAUUUUCAAUGGCAUGGCUGGUUCCCGAAAUUGUGCUCUACAACUGAUGCAUGUUGAGUUCCAAGCUCUUUCGCCAUUGGUCCCUGUUCGACCUAUGAAUUUUCUCCGGUUCUGCAAGCAACAUGCUGAGGGUGUGUGGGCUGUGGUUGAUGUGUCUGUUGACAGUAUCCGAGAAUUUUCAGAUGCGCAAACAUUUGUGAAUUGCAGGAGGCUUCCUUCUGGUUUCUUUGUGCAAGAUAUGCCAAACGGCUAUUCCAAGAUUAUGUGGGUUGAACAUUCAGAAUACGACGAGAGUGCCGCCCAUCAUCUCUACCGGCCAUUAUUGAGAUCCGGCAUGGGCUUUGGUGCACAAAGGUGGCUCGCCACCCUACAAAGGCAAUGCGAGUGCUUGGCGGUCCUCAUGUCCUCUUCCAUCUCUUCCGAAGAUAACCCAGGAGUUACUCCGACCGGUAGGCGAAACAUGGUUAAGUUGGCGCAGCGCAUGACUCGCAACUUCUGUGCCGGGGUUUGUGCAACCAUGCACAUGUGGCAGCUGGUUCAAGUCGGAAAUGUGGGUGAAGAUGCAAGGUUGAUGAUUAGGAAUAGCAUGGAUAAUCCUGGUGAACCACCCGGGCUUGUUUUGAGUGCCACGACAUCUGUUUGGAUGCCUGUAUCACAUCAACGGCUGUUUGAUUUCUUGAGAAACGAGCAGACGAGGAGCCAGUGGGACGAAUUGUCUCACGGAGGGCCAAUGCAAGAGAUGGUUCGUAUUACCACAGGCCAGGACUGUGGUAACUGUGUUUCUCUUCUUCGUGCUACUGCUGCUAAUACAAAUCAGAACGCAAUGCUGAUAUUGCAAGAGACACAGACAGACGCAUCGAGCUCGCUCAUAGUGUACACAGCAGUCGACAUACCUGCAAUGCAAGCGGUAAUGAGUGGUGGAGAUUCAACCUCCGUGGCUCUCCUUCCAUCAGGAUUUGCGGUAGUUCCAGACGGUUUUCCUGACUCUGUGGGGCCUAGCAACUGCGACGGCGCUUCGGUCAGAGAACGUGGCGGCAGCGGCAGUGGGUCUCUCCUGACUGUCGGGUUCCAGAUAUUGGUCAAUAACCCGCCUUCAGCCAAGCUCACAAUGGAGUCUGUUGACACCGUAAACAAUCUCAUCUCUCGCACAAUUCAGAGGAUCAAAGCUGCACUUAAUUGCGCAGCAUAGCAUUAAUUAACCAUGUGUGUUUUGUUUUGUUUGUUUUUUUUUUUUUCGAGGGGGGAAAGAAAAACUAUAUAUAAGAUGAUAUAUGUAGGAGAAGAGAGGAGAAGGGAGGGAGCUUGAGAUGAAAAUUCUCACAAAAAUGGUGAAUGCUUGCUGGGUUUUUGAGUCAAGAACGAACCCUGGUGAACCUUUGCCGAGUGUUGAAAGUAAAAUUCACAGUUGCUAAAACCGGGUAGAGGGGUGGUGGUUCGGGUAUUGACUCGGUAGACCUGCGAGUUAAACUCAGCUCUCAAUCGUCAAUUGCCUUUGUUGAAUAAUCUCAUCUUUAUAUAAGGAAAAACAUAUGAUUGAACUGUUUUGUUUAAUCCAGGUUCUAAUAUUUAUGUUUUUUCAAGUAGUAUAUAUGAAUACAAAAACCAAAACUGGACACAAAAA